GAGAGCUCAGUGUGGAUAUUGGAUUCCAUUGAACUACAAAGAUGUUUCUGAGCAAAGCACUGCUGGCCGUUGCCUUCCUGGCGCUGGUCAAUGCGCAGUACUGGCACAACUACAAGAGCGGCCGGAAUGGCAUGGUCCACCUGUUCGAGUGGAAGUGGGAUGACAUAGCGGCCGAGUGUGAGAACUUCCUGGGACCCUACGGCUUCGGUGGCGUGCAGGUCUCGCCCGUCAAUGAGAACGCUGUGAUUGGCUCGCGCCCCUGGUGGGAGCGCUAUCAGCCCAUCUCCUACAAGCUGAGCACCCGCUCCGGCAACGAGCAGCAGUUCGCCAGCAUGGUCCGGCGCUGCAACGAUGCCGGCGUGCGCAUCUACGUGGAUGUUGUGUUCAACCACAUGGCUGCCAAUGGCGGCACCUCGGGCACUGGCGGCAGCACGGCCGAUCCCGGCUCGAAGAGCUUCCCGGGCGUGCCCUUCUCCUCGCUGGACUUCAAUCCGACCUGUGCGAUCACCAACUACGCCGAUCCCACCAAUGUGCGCAACUGCGAGCUGGUUGGCCUGCGCGACUUGAACCAGGGCAACUCCUAUGUGCGCGACAGGAUCGUGGACUUCCUCAACCAUUUGACGGAUCUGGGCGUUGCCGGCUUCCGUGUGGACGCCGCCAAGCACAUGUGGCCCGGAGAUCUGCAGGCCAUCUACAGCCGCCUGAACAACCUGAAUACUGCGCACGGCUUCAGCUCGGGCGCCAGGCCCUACAUCUUCCAGGAGGUGAUUGACUUGGGCAACGAGGCCAUCUCCAAGUCGGAGUACACCGGCCUGGGCGCCGUCACCGAGUUCCGUCACUCGGACUCCAUUGGCAAGGUGUUCCGCGGCAAGGAUCAGCUGCGCUACCUGAACAACUGGGGCACCGCCUGGGGCUUUGCCGACUCCGAUGCCUCGCUUGUGUUUGUGGACAAUCACGACAACCAGCGUGGCCAUGGCGCCGGUGGCGCCGAUGUGCUCACCUACAAGGUGCCCAAGCAGUACAAGAUGGCCUCCGCCUUCAUGCUGGCCCAUCCGUUCGGCACGCCCCGCGUGAUGUCCUCCUUUGCCUUCGACAACACCGACCAGGGCCCCCCGACCACCGAUGGCCACAACAUCGCCUCGCCCAUCUUCAACAGCGACAUGUCCUGCGGCGGCGGCUGGGUGUGCGAGCACCGCUGGCGCCAGAUCUACAACAUGGUUGGCUUCCGCAACGCCGUCGGCGACGCCCGCCUCCAGAACUGGUGGGACAAUGGCAGCAACCAGAUCGCCUUCAGCCGCGGCAGCCAGGGCUUCGUGGCCUUCAACAAUGACAACUACGAUCUGAACAGCUCCCUGCAGACCGGCCUGCCCGCUGGCACCUACUGCGACGUCAUCUCCGGCUUGAAGAGCGGCUCCAGCUGCACCGGCAAGACCAUCCAGGUGGGCUCCGAUGGACGCGCCAACAUCUACAUCGGCACGUCGGAGGAGGAUGGCGUCGUGGCCAUCCACGUCAAUGCCAAGUUGUAGGCCACCAG